UAGUGAGAAAUUGUGAAUCGGAGGGCGUUGAAGAGUUGUGAGCAUAAUAAAUUGAGAAGCAAAAGCGAAAGGGUCUGUGUCUUCACUCAUUCUUCUAUUCUAUUCCAUCAUCAAUGGAGAACACCGAGGGAUCCGGAUCUGCGACGAACGGGGUGCUGGCUCCGCCGCGCAAGGUGGCAUUGAUAACCGGAAUUACCGGACAAGACGGUUCGUACCUGACGGAAUUCCUCCUGGACAAGGGGUACGAGGUGCACGGCCUGAUCCGCCGCUCGUCGAACUUCAACACGCAGCGCAUCGACCACAUAUACGUGGAUCCCCACAACGCCCACAAGGCCCGCAUGAAGCUCCACUACGCCGAUCUCUCCGACGCCUCCUCCCUCCGCCGCUGGCUCGACACCAUCCUCCCCGACGAGGUCUACAACCUCGCCGCCCAGUCCCACGUCGCCGUCUCAUUCGAGAUCCCCGACUACACCGCCGACGUCGUCGCCACCGGCGCCCUCCGCCUCCUCGAGGCCGUCCGCUCCCACAUCUCCGCCUCCGGCCGCUCCCACAUCCGCUACUACCAAGCCGGCUCCUCCGAGAUGUUCGGCGCCACCCCUCCGCCGCAAUCGGAAACCACCCCCUUCCACCCCCGCUCCCCCUACGCCGCCUCCAAAUGCGCCGCCCACUGGUACACCGUGAACUACCGCGAGGCCUACUCCCUCUUCGCCUGCAACGGCAUCCUCUUCAACCACGAGUCCCCCCGCCGCGGCGAGAAUUUCGUGACCCGCAAGAUCACGCGGGCCGUGGGCCGCAUCAAGGUCGGGCUCCAGAGCAAGCUCUUCUUGGGCAACCUGCAGGCCUCGCGAGACUGGGGCUUCGCUGGGGACUACGUGGAAGCCAUGUGGCUGAUGCUGCAGCAGGAUAAGCCCGAUGACUAUGUUGUGGCCACCGAAGAGUCCCACACCGUCGAGGAGUUCUUGGAAGUCGCGUUCGGCUAUGUGGGACUCAAUUGGAGGGACCAUGUCGUCAUUGACAAGAGGUACUUUCGCCCCGCCGAGGUCGAUAACCUCAAAGGGGACGCUUCCAAGGCCAAGAAGGUGCUUGGUUGGAAGCCCAAGGUUGGGUUUGAGCAGCUUGUCAAGAUGAUGGUUGACCAGGACAUUGAGAUGGCUAAGAAGGAGAAGGUUCUUGUUGAUGCUGGCUACAUUGAUGCUCAGCAACAACCUUGAUCUGAUCUGCAACUUCCCAAAUUUUUAGAUAAAUGUUUUAAUUGAGGAUGGAGGAGGGGGGUUUUUCUGUUUUGAUCUUAUAAUGCCGCUGUUCUUUUAAAUCAUUCUUCAUAGUUGACACAGUUUAAUUUAUGAGUAAUUUAUUUUGUUUUCGUGUUGCAACUGUUAUUUAUUAGUCGUGCAUUUUUCGGACUUUAUUUUAUUUUUUGUAAGCCUGCUGAUUCAUUCAAUUAAAUCUAUAUGCAUCUACAUCCAUAGUCUUGUUGUAGAAGCUGUGAUGCUAA